CACAGCCACACCAAUCAUCCCAUUAAAUAACGCUCGACCACAGACGUAAUACAGUUGGUUGCGAACCUCCAUCCCCCCUCUCAGGCCUCAUCAUCAUAUCUCCACCCCCAUCAUACACCAACACGAAAGAAGAAGGAAGGGAAAAGAAGGAAGGAGAGCGAAGAAAGUGUCUCUUUACAUCGUCUGAAAUAAAGACAGAAGAAAAAAAAAAAAAAAAAAUAAGAGGAAAGAGAGAGAGAGAGAGAGAGGAGAAGGGGGAUAUAUAGGGGGGGAUAGGGAAUGGGGAAUUGUCAGGCGGCGGAGGCGGCGACGGUGGUGAUUGAGCAGCCGGGGGGGAGGGUGGAGAGGCUGUACUGGCCGACCGCGGCGUCGGAGGUGAUGCGGAGCAACCCGGGCCACCACGUCGCCCUCGUCACCCUCUGCCGCGCCGAGGAGCGCCCCGACGGCGCCGGCAGCGUCAGGGUCACCCGCGUCAAGCUGCUCAAGCCCACCGACCUCCUCCUCAUCGGCCAGGUCUACCGCCUCAUCACCACCCAAGGUCUCUCUCUCUCUCUGCCUGCUAGAAAAUAUGAGAAGAUGAAGAAGGCUCAGUCUGAGCUGGCCAAGCAGCAGCAGCAGCAGCAGCAGUCGCACAGGAGAGUCGAUGAUCAGGUUGUGGAAUUCAACGCGGGAGGAGAGAUUGAUUCGCGCAAUUGCCAUAAUGAGCAGGUAGCAAAGCAUGAGAGAGACCGGCAAAAAGGCGCCGCCGCGCAAUCGGCGGCGAGGUCUCGACAGUGGCGCCCUUCGUUGCAGAGCAUCUCCGAAGGCGCAAGCUGAUCGGAUUCGAGCAUGCGAAGAAAAAAAGAAACGAAAGGAGAGAGAGUUCAAAAGAGGAGUUGGAGAAUCAGAUCAGGUUCAUUGUAGGGAGGAAGUGAAUCUGUAAGAGAAGCCCUUUAGAGGAGCAUCUGUGUGUGAAGACAAUUUGCAGGGAAAAGGAGGUAGUUUUUUUCAGCUCAUUGUGAUCUAGGAAUCAUAAAAAGGGCCAAGAUUGAGUGAUGUAAAUUCCAGUAGUUGUGGCAAAAAACAAAAAAAAAAAGGGUACAAAGAUGAUUAAGAUUGUAAGAGUGUCUUGUGAAGGACAUGUAAAUGACUGUCACUUGUUAUCUGAAAGAUCUGCUUCUGCUUCUUGAAA